AUGACAGAGCGCAAGAAGGGCUUGACAUUCACCACCACGCCUGUUUCCUCAUGCUGGGUCAAAAGCUUCAUCUCGCCCCACUCCAAGAGGGUAUUCAAAAAGUUCUUGAUAUCGGAACUGGAACAGGUAAGGCACCUAUCAUCUUCCACGGGAGCAGCUUCUAACAGUGACACAGGUAUCUGGGCAAUCGACUUUGCGGAUGAGUUCCCCGGCGCCGAGGUGAUCGGCACCGACGUGUCCCCCAUCCAGCCCUCUUGGAUUCCGCCCAACCUCAAGUUUGAAAUUGACGACUGCACCCGAGAAUGGACAUAUGCUGAGAACAGCAUCGAUUACGUCCAUACUCGCUGGCUCAUCGGCAGCAUCGCUGACUGGACUGCUUUGUUCAAGGAGGCGUUCAAGUGCCUCAAGCCCGGUGGCUACCUCGAGAGCCACGAGCCGUCGUCCGGUUUUGAGAACCAGGGCGAGCCCCUGGACCAGAAGAGCGCCUUGGCCCAGUGGGGCAAGUUCUUCGUCAAGGGCGGACUGAAGUUCGGUCGUCCUUUCACCGUCUUUGAGGAACACAUUCAGAGAAAGGCGAUGGAGGCGGCCGGCUUUGUCGACAUUGAGGAGCGUGAGAUCAUCAACCCCGUCGGCAACUGGCCUGCCGAUGCCAAGACGAAGGAGAUUGCCCAGUUCUCUGAGGCGACCUUCCUAGAGGACCCCAAAGGGUACAUCGCCUUCUUCGCCCACGCCCUUGAUUGGACGACUGAAGAGAUUGAAAUGUACCUGUUGCAGUUCCGCCGCGAGCUCAAGUCGAGCAGUCACCGGGCCUUCUAUCGCCACAGGGUCGUUUGGGGCAAGAAGCCCCUGGUCUGA